AUGGAGAGACCCAACUCACGUGGGCCUGAAGGAGGACCUGGGGGCAGUGGGGAAUCCUGGGAAAGAACCAGACAUGAGUCCCUGAGUGUGGACCUUGACAGCUCGGACACACAGCGCCAGCGCUUCAGGCAGUCCUCCUACCAAGAGGGUGAAGGACCCAGAGGGGUUUGCAGUCGUCUCCACGAUCUGUGCCGCCAGUGGCUGAAGCCAGAGCAGCACACCAAGGCCGAGGUGCUGGACCUGGUGACCCUGGAGCAGUUCCUGAGCAUCCUGCCCCCAGAGAUGGGGAGCUGGGUCCGAGAGUGUGGGGCAGAGACCUGUUCCCAGGCGGUGGCCCUGGCGGAAGGCUUCCUCCUGAGUCGGGCCGAGGACAAGGAGCAGGAAGGACAGGUGAGAGCAUUCCCUCUGGGUUUCACUAACCUGGGGACUGAUGGACAGGUUGAACGUACAUCCUGCCUUUCUUCCAAGAUGGGACCGAUGUGGGGGAUAAGCAAGGCCCUGCUCCCUCGGCCUCUUUCCCCACCUGCUCUGCCCCUCCAUCUCUACCGUCAGCUUGGUUGA